AGCGUCCUUCGCCAGCGUGCGGCGCAUGCGCAGGCAUAGAGUUCCGCACCGGAAACGGCGGCGCGGAAUUGCACUUUGGGCAUUUGGAUUUUUAAAGCUCGUUUUGAGCCGCGGGGGAUUUUAAAUCACCUUUCCGGCCUUCCCUGGUAUCGCGUCGCCAUGGAUGCGCGAGCGCGAGCCAAACGCUACGAAAAACUGGACUUUCUGGGUGAAGGGCAGUUUGCUACUGUUUAUAAAGCAAGAGACAAGAACACAAAUCAAAUUGUUGCUAUUAAAAAGAUAAAACUUGGACAUAGAUCAGAAGCUAAAGAUGGUAUAAAUAGAACGGCCCUUCGAGAAAUAAAACUGCUGCAGGAGCUUAGCCAUCCAAAUAUUAUUGGGUUACUUGAUGCGUUUGGACACAAAUCAAACAUCAGUCUAGUGUUUGAUUUUAUGGAAACGGAUCUAGAGGUUAUAAUAAAGGACACUAGUCUUGUUUUGACACCUUCCCACAUCAAAGCAUAUAUGCUGAUGACACUUCAGGGAUUAGAAUAUUUACACGAACAUUGGAUACUUCAUAGGGACCUUAAGCCAAAUAAUUUGUUGCUAGAUGAAAAUGGAGUUUUAAAACUAGCUGACUUUGGUUUGGCAAAAUCUUUUGGAAGUCCAAACAGAGUUUAUACACAUCAAGUAGUAACAAGGUGGUAUCGAGCACCUGAACUACUGUUUGGAGCUAGAAUGUAUGGAGUGGGUGUGGAUAUGUGGGCAGUGGGCUGCAUCUUGGCUGAAUUGCUUCUAAGGGUUCCAUUUUUGCCAGGAGAUUCUGAUCUGGACCAGCUCACCAAGAUUUUUGAAACCCUUGGUACUCCAACAGAGGAGCAGUGGCCAGGUAUGACAAAUCUUCCAGAUUAUGUUACUUUUAAAAGUUUCCCUGGAAUGCAUUUUCAGCACAUCUUCAGUGCUGCUGGUGAUGAUUUGCUGGAAUUACUGCAAGGCUUAUUUCGGUUUGAUCCUUGUACUAGGCUUACAGCUACUCAGGCACUGAAACAUGAUUAUUUUAGUAAUCGACCAGCACCAACACCUGGAAGUCAGUUGCCAAGACCCAACUGCCCUGCAGAAGCUUUGAAGGAGCAACAAAAUCCUGUUCCUAAUUUAAAAAGAAAAAGGACGGAUGGAAAAGAUCAAGGGUUACCCAAAAAACUGGUUUUUUGACAACUAUGGAAAUGAGGAUCUUGAAUAUUUCUGCUGCUAUGAAAUCUGAAAAGACCAAAUGUGAGAACUGAGGUGUCAAUUAAAAAUGGGUGAAAGCUACA